AUGAUUCUAUUAAUAGAAGACCAAGAAGAAGAAGAAGAAGAAGAAGAAGAAGAAGAAGAAGAAGAAGAAGAAGAAGAAGAAGAAGAAGAAGAAGAAGAAGAAGAAGAAGAAGAAGAAGAAGAAGAAGAAGAAGAAGAAGAAGAAGAAGAAGAAGAAGAAGAAGAAGAAGAAGAAGAAGAAGAAGAAGAAGAAGAAGAAGAAGAAGAAGAAGAAGAAGAAGAAGAAGAAGAAGAAGAAGAAGAAGAAGAAGAAGAAGAAGAAGAAGAAGAAGAAGAAGAAGAAGAAGAAGAAGAAGAAGAAGAAGAAGAAGAAGAAGAAGAAGAAGAAGAAGAAGAAGAAGAAGAAGAAGAAGAAGAAGAAGAAGAAGAAGAAGAAGAAGAAGAAGAAGAAGAAGAAGAAGAAGAAGAAGAAGAAGAAGAAGAAGAAGAAGAAGAAGAAGAAGAAGAAGAAGAAGAAGAAGAAGAAGAAGAAGAAGAAGAAGAAGAAGAAGAAGAAGAAGAAGAAGAAGAAGAAGAAGAAGAAGAAGAAGAAGAAGAAGAAGAAGAAGAAGAAGAAGAAGAAGAAGAAGAAGAAGAAGAAGAAGAAGAAGAAGAAGAAGAAGAAGAAGAAGAAGAAGAAGAAGAAGAAGAAGAAGAAGAAGAAGAAGAAGAAGAAGAAGAAGAAGAAGAAGAAGAAGAAGAAGAAGAAGAAGAAGAAGAAGAAGAAGAAGAAGAAGAAGAAGAAGAAGAAGAAGAAGAAGAAGAAGAAGAAGAAGAAGAAGAAGAAGAAGAAGAAGAAGAAGAAGAAGAAGAAGAAGAAGAAGAAGAAGAAGAAGAAGAAGAAGAAGAAGAAGAAGAAGAAGAAGAAGAAGAAGAAGAAGAAGAAGAAGAAGAAGAAGAAGAAGAAGAAGAAGAAGAAGAAGAAGAAGAAGAAGAAGAAGAAGAAGAAGAAGAAGAAGAAGAAGAAGAAGAAGAAGAAGAAGAAGAAGAAGAAGAAGAAGAAGAAGAAGAAGAAGAAGAAGAAGAAGAAGAAGAAGAAGAAGAAGAAGAAGAAGAAGAAGAAGAAGAAGAAGAAGAAGAAGAAGAAGAAGAAGAAGAAGAAGAAGAAGAAGAAGAAGAAGAAGAAGAAGAAGAAGAAGAAGAAGAAGAAGAAGAAGAAGAAGAAGAAGAAGAAGAAGAAGAAGAAGAAGAAGAAGAAGAAGAAGAAGAAGAAGAAGAAGAAGAAGAAGAAGAAGAAGAAGAAGAAGAAGAAGAAGAAGAAGAAGAAGAAGAAGAAGAAGAAGAAGAAGAAGAAGAAGAAGAAGAAGAAGAAGAAGAAGAAGAAGAAGAAGAAGAAGAAGAAGAAGAAGAAGAAGAAGAAGAAGAAGAAGAAGAAGAAGAAGAAGAAGAAGAAGAAGAAGAAGAAGAAAAGAGGUCAUAA